GUUGAAUUUCCAGCUACUGGUUAUCGGACUUCAUAGCGCCUUUCUUUUUCUGGGCAACAGAAGAGGAUCCUACCUGACCUCAGUAGCGCCUGGGAAACAGGGUCCUCAAAACACGUGCCCGGGCAGACACGCGCAUCAGUAGCCCGGAGGCAGGGCUGCGUGCCGGUUUGCAAAAUCCUACACGCACUUCCCACCCUUCCGCUUUGACGUGCGAGGCGGCGGUGGGGUUCUCGGACGGGAAGAUGGCAGCGCUGGCGGAGCCUCUAGGGCUGGAGAGAGAUGUGGCUCGAGCGGUCGAAUUGCUGGAGAGGCUGCAACGCAGUGGGGAGGUGCCCCCCCAGAAAUUGCAAGCCCUUCAGAGGGUGCUACAGAGCAAAUUCUGCUGUGCCAUUCGGGAGGUUUAUGAGCAGCUGUAUGACACUUUGGAUAUCUCGGGAAGUGCUGAGAUCCGGGCACAUGCUACUGCUAAGGCAACAGUGGCGGCCUUUGCAGCUAGUGAGGGCCACGCGCACCCCCGGGUGGUGGAACUGCCAAAGACAGAUGAGGGCCUAGGCUUUAACAUCAUGGGGGGCAAGGAGCAAAACUCUCCCAUCUAUAUUUCUCGCAUCAUCCCAGGAGGUGUUGCUGAUCGCCAUGGUGGGCUGAAGCGUGGAGAUCAACUGCUGUCUGUCAAUGGUGUGAGCGUGGAGGGUGAGCAACAUGAACGGGCAGUGGAACUUCUGAAAGCAGCACAAGGCACAGUGAAACUGGUUGUGCGCUACACACCCAAAGUACUUGAAGAGAUGGAGGCACGCUUUGAGAAGAUGAGGACAGCACGGCGCCGGCAGCAGCACAACAGUUACUCAUCCUUGGAGUCCCGGGGAUAAAUUUGCACAAGAAUUAAUUGGGCAGCUGAUGAACCGACCAUCCUCCCUAUCCUUUGCAAUGGUCUUAUCUGUAGAGCGGAGACAUAUUUAUCUAGUCCCCUUCCCUGAGUUGGGAGGUGGGCUUCAGUGUACAGUAUUUAUUCUUUACAUUCCUCUUAUUUAAAAAUAUGUUUGGUGUAAAC